AUGUCCCCUCUGACUAUUCUCACCCAAACGAACGAUGAGGACGCCCAUUUCCGACUUUUAGAAGAGCAGAUCUUGAGUUCAAUAUUCACAUACAUGGAUCAUCUUUUUGGCAAGAUCAAGCCGAAGAAAUUCCUCUUCCUGGCAGUGGAUGGGGUGGCGCCGAGGGCGAAGAUGAAUUAA